GGGUGAUUAUCUUUCAAUAUAAGCUAUUGUAAGACUUUUGGGUCGCUGAUGAGAUCUUAUGAAAUAACACGUGUACGCAUAAUCAUUGCUACCCCUUCAUGUGAUAAUACGAUAAGCUUGAUAGUUAAAAAAGUCUGCUUUAGGAAUUUUUAAAGGGGAAGUACUUUUCAAUAUGCUAAGAUAUGAUCCAAUUGUGUUUUUUUGUUAGAUUAUGAAUAUUCACUCUGGGGACUGCCAGAAGGUAGCGCAGAGAGAGCAAAAGUCAAACAUGAAGUUCACAUGAGGGGUGCACGCAGGCUUGAAGAACUUUGUUUCAGAAAUGGUGGAAUUUACAUUAAGCUUGGUCAACAUUUAGGACAGCUGGAGUACUUAGUACCAGAAGAGUACGUUCGUAUAAUGAGGGAAUCCAUGUUAAAUAGAUGUCCUCAUUCAUCUUUUGAUCAAGUGCGUGAAGUUGUCAAAAAAGAGCUUGGAGGUGCACCUGAUGAAAUUUUUGAUGAAUUUGAUCCGGUUCCAAUAGCAAGUGCUUCUCUUGCUCAAGUCCAUGUUGCUCAAACGCAUGAAGGGCAAAAAGUUGCUGUCAAGGUUCAGCACACACACAUGACAGAUACUGCUGCUGCAGAUUAUGCAACUGUGGAAUUGAUAGUAAACACAUUGCAUCGAUAUUUUCCUUCCUUUGAUUACAGGUUAUAAAUAUUCUACUUUUUA